GGUGUGUCAGUGUGUCUUAGGUUUGCAGGUGCUCAUUUGUUGACUGGCUUUAGGGCUUCAGACACACUGCACCCGUUGCAAGAAGUUUUUCCCUUGGAGCUGCUGAAGAACCCAGUCACAUAAGGAGGGGGACUGAGCACAUACAGCUGCCAAGAUGUGUGACAUGGGUGGACUGGAUAACCUGGUGGCCAACACGGCCUACCUCAAAGCCCAGGGUGGUGAUGACAAGGAAAUGAAAAAGCGCCGUCGCAGCUUGUCUCUACCCAAGACGGAGCAAUGCAAUGUUGUCCGAGCCUCCUUGGAGAAGGACUUUACGACAGUCUGUGAAAGGCAACCUAUUGGCAAAAAGUUUUUUCGGGAAUUCCUGUCAAGUAAUGCCCAGUUCAAGCUUGCUGCAGAAUUCUUGGAUGAGCUUUAUGACUGGGAUCUGUCGGAAGGUGCAGUAAAAGACAAGUCGCGUCAGAACAUCAUGAACAAGUAUUGCAAGGCGGACUCCAAGAACUUCUUGGCCUUUCUCACUGGGGAGGCCUCUGACAAAUGCAAGUCUGUGACAGAUGCCAACUUCAGUGAGGUGAUGAAAGGCAAAGUCCAAGAAGGUGUGAGAGAAUAUCUGAAAGACAAACCCUUCACAGAUUACCAGGCCAGUCCGUUUUUUGAUAAAUUUCUCCAGUGGAAGGAGUAUGAGAAGCAGCCCAUCAGCGACAAGUACUUCUAUGAGUUCAGAACCUUGGGAAAGGGUGGCUUUGGAGAGGUAUGCGCCGUUCAGGUGAAAAACACAGGCCAGAUGUAUGCCUGCAAGAAAUUGUGUAAAAAGCGUCUGAAGAAGAAGGGCGGAGAGAAGAUGGCCCUUUUAGAGAAAAAAAUCCUGGAGAAGGUCAACAGUCUGUUUCUGGUCAAUUUGGCCUACGCUUAUGACAGCAAGACCCACCUGUGCCUUGUCAUGACCCUGAUGAAUGGCGGAGACCUUAAGUACCACAUCUACAACAUAGGCUAUGACGGCAAAGGCGUGGACAAGGGCAUUGAGAUGAAGCGCAUUGUUCACUACACGGCCCAAAUCACCACGGGGAUUCUGCACCUGCAUGAGAUGGAUAUCGUUUAUCGGGACAUGAAGCCGGAGAACGUGUUGCUGGACAGCCAAGGCCAGUGUCGACUUUCAGAUUUGGGUCUGGCCAUAGAGCUGGUCCCAGGCAAGACCGUCACCCAGAUGGCUGGCACAGGAGCGUACAUGGCUCCAGAGCUCUUGAACAAAACUCCAUACAGGACAUCUGUGGACUGGUGGGCGCUGGGUUGCAGCAUUUACGAGAUGGUGGCCGGCUACACGCCUUUUAAAGGCCCCGACAGCAAAAAGGAGAAGGUGGAGAAGGAGGAGGUGCAGCGUCGUAUUGUCAGCGAGGAACCCAAGUGGGAGCACAAGUGUUUUGAUGCCAGCACGAAGGACAUCAUCCAGCUUUUCCUCAAGAAGAAAAUCGAGGAGCGUCUGGGGAUGAAGAAUAACAUGGAGGAUCCCAGGUUGCACCCGUGGUUCAAGAGCAUCAACUUCCCACGUCUAGAGGCCGGGCUGGUGGAUCCUCCGUGGGUGCCCAAGCCCAACGUCGUCUAUGCAAAGGACACGGGAGACAUUGCAGAGUUCUCCGAAAUCAAAGGCAUUGAAUUUGACGCCAAGGAUGACAAAUUCUUCAAGGAGUUCAGCACAGGUGCCGUGCCCAUACCCUGGCAGCAAGAGAUGAUCGAAACAGGACUGUUCGAUGAGCUCAACGAUCCCAACCGGAAAGAAGGAGGCGGGGGUGAUUUAGAUGGCGAUGCGAAAUCCGGCACGUGUAUAUUGCUGUGAGAGGACUCGUCAUAUAACUUUUUGUCAAUCACAACAUUCAAAAAGAUGGUGGACACUUCAAGUAUGAUGCGGCAUACGAUCUCAGGCUGAGCUCCCCUGGUCCUGGGGCAACAGAAGGAGGAUCAAAUGGUAUUUGUGCUGCACCAAUUCUUUUGUUAAUAUCUUUAAUUGUGUCAACUUUCAUACAUGUUGACCAGGAAUGUCAGCUCUGUGUUGUCAUGUCAUCCGAGCUCUAUAGAGUUAGUCGAAGGCUUUUGUGCCACAAUUACUAAACUAUAGUUAGUAAUGCAGCUGAGAUAGGCUCCAGCACCCCUUGCGACUCCGAAAGGGACAAGCGGUAAAAAAUGGAUGGAUGUAUGAAUGGAUAGUUAGUGGAGGAAGUGUCAGGUGCGUCGACUAGAGACAUAUGAAUCACUUCUCUGGCUGAUUUGACGAUGCCAUCAUAAGGUUACACACCAUGAAAAGUGCUUUUUCACCAUAUGUAUGGCAGGUAGUUGUAGUCCUAUCCUUAACCUCAUUGUCUGACCUCAGCUUUAUAUUCAUUCAACAAGUGUACAUAUUGUAAAUAAAGACUAUGUGUAGAGAGUUUAAAACAGAAGGUUUAGUCGAAAAAUACCUAAUGUUGGUGCUAUGAGGCAUAUCAACUAAUAGCUAUGUAUGGACUAUUCAUUCCUAACGGUUGAGGAGGUUUCUGAAGGGGUAUUGGAAUGUUCUGUUUUCCCCGCCCACACCUUCCAAGCAGAAUGUGACUAACCAAAACCAGAUGCUGAGAAAACAUCUGCACGUUUUGUUGUAUAAUGAGGAUUUAGUAGUAGGUUGUACAAAAAGAAUGAGCACUAUUUGAAGUUAAUGUUGUGGUGUUGCAACUGGGAAAUUGCUAGGAUUUGCAGGUUUGGACCAUAUUAAUUUAAAAAACAAAACAGAGAAACAUUACUUUUUGUAUUUGAUGCUACUAAAUUCUCAUGAGACAGGGGAGUGAAAUUGUACACGUCCUAUUUUUUUCUUUAGGGAGAGUUUUUACAGUGACUGUGAAAAAAAUGAUUAAAGGUGGCUUAACAUGCUACAUAGAAGUAACAGAUGUACUGAUGGAAUUUCCUUGAAUCCUUUGAAUAAAGGGAAAUGCAUGUCUUUUAAAA